CGCCCGGAGCAGGUCAUAAUGGUUUCCAUCCCUGAAUACUAUGAAGGAAAGAAUGUCCUCCUGACAGGAGCUACAGGCUUCAUGGGAAAAGUGCUUCUGGAAAAGCUGCUCAGAUCUUGUCCUAAAGUGAAAGCAGUGUAUGUAUUGGUAAGACACAAAGCAGGGCAGACACCUGAAGCACGAAUAGAAGAAAUUAUCAGCUGUAAGCUCUUUGACAGGUUGAGAGAUGAGCAACCAGACUUCAGAGCAAAAAUAAUAGUAAUUACAAGUGAACUUACACAGCCUGAACUGGACCUUAGUGAACCAAUCAAGGAAAAACUUAUAGAAUGCAUUAAUAUUAUAUUUCAUUGUGCUGCUACAGUCAGAUUCAAUGAAACACUAAGAGAUGCUGUUCAGUUAAACGUGGCUGCCACACAACAGCUCCUCUUCUUGGCACAGCGGAUGAAGAAUCUGGAAGUGUUCAUGCACGUUUCGACUGCCUAUGCAUAUUGCAAUCGAAAACAGAUUGAGGAAAUAGUUUAUCCGCCUCCUGUUGAUCCAAAGAAACUGAUAGAUUCUCUUGAGUGGAUGGAUGAUGGCCUAGUGAAUGAUAUUACUCCUAAACUGAUAGGCGACAGACCUAAUACUUACACAUAUACAAAAGCCUUAGCUGAAUAUGUAGUACAACAAGAAGGUGCAAAAUUAAACACAGCCAUUAUAAGGCCAUCUAUUGUUGGUGCUAGCUGGAAGGAGCCUUUUCCUGGAUGGAUUGAUAACUUCAAUGGACCUAGUGGUCUCUUCAUUGCUGCAGGAAAAGGAAUUCUUCGAACAAUGAGAGCUUCCAACAGUGCAGUAGCAGAUCUUGUUCCAGUAGAUGUUGUUGUCAAUACGACACUGGCUGCAGCCUGGUAUUCUGGAGUUAAUAGGUAUAACAGACCAAGAAAUGUCAUGGUAUAUAACUGUACAACAGGUGGCACCAAUCCUUUCCACUGGGGUGAAGUUGAAUACCAUGUAAUUUCUACUUUCAAGAGGAAUCCUCUCGAACAGGCCUUCAGACGGCCCAAUGUAAAUCUAACUUCCAAUCACCUUUUAUAUCAUUACUGGAUUGCUGUAAGCCAUAAGGCCCCAGCAUUCCUGUAUGAUAUGUACCUCAGGAUUACUGGAAGAAGUCCAAGGAUGAUGAAAACAAUAACACGUCUUCAUAAGGCCAUGAUGUUAUUAGAAUACUUUACAAGCAAUUCUUGGAUCUGGAAUACUGAAAAUAUGACUAUGCUAAUGAACCAGCUAAACCCCGAAGACAAAAAGACGUUUAAUUUUGAUGUUCGACAACUACAUUGGGCAGAAUACAUGGAAAAUUACUGCAUGGGAACGAAGAAAUAUGUGCUGAAUGAAGAAAUGUCUGGCCUCCCUGCAGCUAGGAAACACUUGAAUAAGUUACGGAAUAUACGCUAUGGCUUCAAUACAGUUCUUGUGAUCCUGAUCUGGCGUAUCUUUAUUGCAAGAUCACAAAUGGCAAGAAAUAUCUGGUAUUUUGUGGUUAGUCUGUGUUACAAGUUCCUUUCCUACUUCAGAGCCUCCAGUACUAUGAGAUACUGAAGAAGAGAAUUUAGCAUUAGGACAUCUAUGCAUAUGGUGGUCUAAGUGCACAAAGCCUGUAACAUGUAGUCAUCUCACAUUUUGUAAAAGCAUAAUUUCAUCUUAAAUUGGAGUGCGAAAUGCACGGUAUGGUAUAUGUAAUGUUAGUUGUGUAUCUUCCUGGAAACAGAGAAAAUAAAAUGGUCAAGUGCCAGGUUGAAUUGGCAUUAGACAAGCAUUUAAAUAACUUUAACUCUUUGACCUGGGGAAAACAUUUUAGACCACUGACCAACAUAACUGUGCAAUUUGGAACGUGUUUGACUGAAAUCUGCCUUAACAUGAUUUUUUUCUUUUAAGUUUUACUCCACAUUGAGCAAGAUAAAUAUUGACUUAGUAGUUGCUAGUUGCUGUAGACCUAUUUAUUUGAAAUUAUUCUAAGUUACAAAGGGUUUUGCAAGUUGCAAAAGUGUAUAAAUGAUGGUGGAUCUCCUGAAAAAAACUGACGACUUUUGUAAUUUGUCUUUACUUUUUGCCACUUCUUCCCUUCUUCUCAAAGUAGGGAUGCAACAAUUGUGCCUACUUUGCUUUAAAAGAAAAAAGGAAAAAAAAAAAAAGCCAACCUUCCUUAAUUACUGAAAGGCCUUUUGUCCGAUCUGGUCUUCAGAAUGCACUCAGUGAUUCAGUUCUGUGCUCGAAACUGGCUGCAUCCAACUUGCAUUUAUGUCAGCAUGAACAAUUUGCUUCUCUGAAAGCAGAAUUGAUCCUAUCAUUGAGUAGAUAAAAGGAAAUGUAACCCUGAGGGGGGCAAAAAUAAAGUCAUUGAGCGUCCUCUUUUUUUAAUGAUUUUUAUUGGGAACACAGAGCCAGCACUUGAUUGUUACACUUCUGACUUCAAAAGGUAAAUGUAUUUGAAAGAAAUUUAUUACGCUUAGUUGCUAUUUAUAUUACUGGUAAUAGUAGUUGGACAAACUGCAGGCUUUCAUUAAGAGAUAUACCUGUUUUUAAUUCUAAGCAAUGUUAGCAAAUACUUCAUGAAUUAAUAAUUUUUUAAAUUUCUGAGCUAUGAAAUUUGAUGCAUGGACAACACCAAUGCAUAAGCACGCUUUCUCAUCCCUGCCCCAGUAAAACCUCUCAUUUCACUGGGCAAGCAAAGCAAGAUGCACCUUGCUUCAAAAUGAAAGUAUGUUGACAAUUCUUCCAUCUAUCUUUUAACUUAAAUUAUUAGAUUUAAAUCUGAAGAAAUCUAUUUUUUCUGCAUGUUACUUUGUUUCAGUAGGGAAAACAUUUGUAAAAAUAGCAAGUUGUAAGAAAAGAUUGAAUCCUUGUUUAAGGCAAUACAUGAAGAUCCCUUUAAAUUUUGGUUGCACAGAAUUCUAUCUGAGAACACUGUAAUGUUCCUCUACUUGAUGCACUGACCAGCACCCUUGCCCAGUGUUUGUUCAUUAAAAUCAGUUUAUGCUGAUGAAUAUGUUCUUGAAUCUGCUUGGAAAGGCAAAUAAUGACUUAAUUACACAAGAGCUACAUUAUACUUGCCCUUGGUAGUUUUUUGUCCUAUUUGAAUUAAGUAUGUAAAGAACUUAUUUUGCUAUUCUUGUGAAAACUCUUACUUUAAAGAGAACACCUUUCGUGCAGGUGUAUAUCUCAUUUUGAAAAGAUAAUGGCUUCCUUGUUGAAGCUAAAUAUUCUGUAGUAAGUAGUUAACCUGUAAUUCCUUUUUAAAAUUACCUGUGUAUAUAUAAAGCUAGUGAUGAAAAGCCUAAAUGGUCUAGGACCACACCUUGUGUGAGAGACCUCUGACUGUGGCUGAAAAUAAAUUAUGGCUUCUGUGAUUGAAGAUGUUACACUUUAACAAAUACAUUAGGUGUAUUACAUUUUUAGUUGCCUCCCCGAGUACCUUACUAGACCUGAAAGUAUGCUUAAGCUUUCCUGCAUUGUAGACUUUUUUUCAGAGGUGCCUACUAUCCAAUGACACCCCUUGUCCCAUGUUGGCAUGUGGCUGAAGUUUGCAAAAGACAAAUACAUCAUAUUCUGAAAAUGAUUCUGUGAAGCAAUUCACUUAUGAAUUUUGGUUGUUUAUAACUAUUAUAUGUGAUACUUUUAAUGUUGAUUUGUUAAUACUGAGAACUAUGAAGCCAAUGAACUGAUUAUUUCUGGUCCAAAACACUGCUUAGAAAUCUAUUCUUUUCAAUAUAUAACGAAGAAAAGGAUUACUUUAAACAUAAGGAUAUUUAACCUCUACUCUUUAAACAUUUGCCAAUUUAGAAACCCAAAUUUUUUCCCUCUUUGGAGACCGUGGUUCUGUGCACUAUUGGUAUCUUACACAAAUUCAUCAGUCAUCCUGUUUAUCUGACAAUAGAUUCAGUGUCACAUUUAUUACAUUAGUUUUGUCACUUCCUGUGGUCAGUCUGCGAAAUUCUAUCUGAAACUACUGGAGUUCUUUCCAUAUCAGAACCCUGUUCUCUUGCAGUUCUUCAUACCAGUGUUUGCACAUAAUGGAUGUUGAUCAAAAAUAUACUGGAACUAUAUUUUGAUACAGUAAGCUAGACUCGCUGUACUGACUAGCAAGUUACAGGAGGUACUCCAGUUGGCUAAAUAGGAAGAAGAGCAGUCUGAAACAACAUGAUCACUUAACAGUUACUGGUAUUUAAAUUUGGGACCAGGAAAAAAAUUACAUUUUCCUGUAAUGUUUUUCUCUGCUGUAGGAACAGAUGUUUGGAAACAAAUGCUAAAUCCCUGAGCUUUUAUAAGAUAUAAACAGAAAUAUUGGGUGCCUUUGUUUGUAAACCAAAAAUAAACAAAUCCCUUGAA